AUGUUAAAUUCUCUAUGUGAGGGCAUUGGUACUGUUAAGAGUGAGAACUCUCCAUGUCCAACUAACCGACAACCAACUUCUUCCACUGCUUCUAUUCAGGAACCCGAUCAAGUCCCGGGGGCAGUCUCGAAACUGGAGAAAAACAGUACAGCGAGCCUCUCAAGCUUGGAUUUCCAAGCACUAAGGUUCGAGGACGACGGCGAUGUCGCGGGAGAAGACGUGCACCCGUCGGAGGAAAAUAACAUAUGGGAAAGUUUGUUUAAUAAUUUUGAGCAAAUAGAUUCUAUUUCUGAUUUCAUGAUGUCUUCACCUUUAAGAACACCAGAGUACAUGAUUUCUUCACCAAGGAGAAUCAUCAUACCGCCACAGAGUUGUGGUUCUAACAAUGAAAUCAACUAUGAUUAUUUACAAAGACUCGAAAUGCAAAAUAUACUUUCUGAUGGAUGCAGUAGCUCUCCUCCUUACACAACAACAACCAUACAACAGAAGGGAAAAUCCUCCAUGAGCCCACUUCAAAGGGUUUACAACAGCAAUACACAUACAAAGAGUUAUAACAAUAAUCACAAUAAUAGUAGUAGUAGCAAUAAUAAUCACUAUCUGCUUCCAGAGAGUUUAGAACUUCCAGCAAUGGAAGGCUUAGAAGAGCUUAUUGACCAAGUUCAUCGCCACAAUCAACAGUAUUUAUCUGCAGGUGAGACUUUCGAUCAUCAUUCUCAACAUCAUCAGAUGCCAACAACACUUGGAACAAUACUAGAAACCUUGCCUUUGCAGACUGAUGAUCAUAAUUCUAGGUUUCUCGGUGGGUCAUUGAAUGAUCAUGAGCAAGUUGGUAACUUGCAAAUGAAUAACCAGCAGGAAGUGAAUCUGUAUGAUCAGUUUAGUUCUUUCGAAAGGCAGCAACACCAACUCCAGCAAAUGCAACUGCAACAGCAACUACUGCAAAACUCUCAACAACAACAACUACAUAACAAUGUUGAGCAUGGUUUAAUGGCGCCAGUGCCAGGGUCCCUUCCAUCUAGGUCUUUGCAGGAGCAAGACAGUGGUCUUCAGCUGGUGCACCUCCUUCUGGCUUGUGCUGAAGCAGUGGCCAAAGAGGAUUACAUGUUAGCUAAAAGAUAUAUCCACCACCUCGGCCAAGUGGUUACUCCACUUGGUGACUCCAUGCAACGUGUUGCCUCGUACUUCACUGAGGCGCUCACCACAAGACUCUCGGCUGUAACCCUCACUCCUACUACUUGUACUCCUAAACCCUACACAGCAUUCCCUCCAAACUCCUUUGAGAUUCUCAAAAUCUAUCAAACGCUCUACCAAGCCUGCCCUUACAUCAAGUUUGCCCAUUUCACUGCCAACCAAGCCAUUAUUGAAGCUUUCGAAUGCGAAGAACGAGUUCAUAUCAUUGACUUGGACAUACUCCAGGGUUAUCAAUGGCCGGCUUUCAUCCAAGCUCUUGCCGCUCGUAAGGGUGGAGCUCCAUUUCUUCGUAUAACCGGUGUUGGGUCACCACCUGAAUUUGUUAAGGAAACAGGUCGGUGUCUUACAGAACUAGCACACUCUCUUCAUGUGCGAUUCGAGUUUCAUCCAGUAGGUGAAAGACUCGAAGAUCUUAAAUCGCAUAUGUUACAACGACGGGUUGGAGAAGCACUCGCUGUUAACUCUGUGAAUCGCCUCCACCGAGUUUCUGGUAAUUAUCUAGGAAAUUUACUAGGAAUGAUUAGAGAGCAAGCCCCAAAUAUCGUAACCCUAGUUGAGCAAGAAGCAAGUCAUAACGGACCCUACUUCUUGGGAAGAUUCCUCGAAGCACUGCAUUACUAUUCAGCUAUAUUCGACUCAUUGCACGCAACAUUUCCGGCCAACUCGCCUGAAAGAGUGAAGGUUGAACAUUAUAUAUUUGCGCCAGAGAUAAGAAAUAUAGUAGCCUGUGAAGGAUCAGAAAGGGUAGAGAGACAUGAAAGGUUGGAGAAGUGGAGAAAGUUGAUGAAAGGGAAAGGGUUCAAAGAGGUGGCACUGAGUCAAAACGCAGUGACUCAGUCAAAACUGUUGUUAGGUUUGUACUCUUGUGAUGGGUAUAGGUUGACUGAAGAUCGUGGCUGUUUGCUCCUGGGGUGGCAAGAUCGAGCUAUCUUAGCUGCUUCUGCGUGGCGUUGUUAGUUGGGCCUAAAAUGCGUGUAUUAUGUGCCUCUUUUGUUUCU